AUGACACUUCUAUCUGUUGGCCAGAAAUCUCCAUUUUUCUUUCACUUUCUCUCCUUUUUUACUUCUCUCACUCUCACUCUCUGCUUCUUUCUCUCUCUCUCUCUCUCUCUGCUUCUUUUCUUUCUCUCGUUCUGCUUCUCUUCUCUCUCUCUUGUUCUCUGCUUUUUCUCUCUCUCUUGCUCUGCUUUUUCUCUCUCUCUUGCUCUCUGCUUCUUUUCUCUCUCUCUUGCUCUCUGCUUCUUUUCUCUCUCUCUUGCUCUCUGCUUCUUUUCUCUCUCUCUUGAUCUCUGCUUCUUUUCUCUCUCUCUUGAUCUCUGCUUCUUUUCUCUCUCUCUCUUGCUCUCUGCUUCUUUUCUCUCUCUCUUGAUCUCUGCUUCUUUUCUCUCUUGCUCUCUUUCUUUUCUCUCUCUCUCUCUUGAUCUCUGCUUCUUUUCUCUCUCUCUCUUGCUCUCUGCUUCUUUUCUCUCUCUCUCUCUUGCUCUCUGCUUCUUUUCUCUCUCUCUCUCUUGCUCUCUGCUUCUUUUCUCUCUCUCUCUCUUGCUCUCUGCUUCUUUUCUCUCUCUCUCUCUUGCUCUCUGCUUCUUUUCUCUCUCUCUCUCUCUCUUGCUCUCUGCUUCUUUUCUCUCUCUCUCUCUCUCUCUUGCUCUCUGCUUCUUUUCUCUCUCUCUCUCUCUCUCUCUCUCUCUCUCUCUCUUGCUCUCUGCUUCUUUUCUCUCUCUCUCUCACUCACUUUCUCUUACCCUCUCAUCCUUUUAUUUUGUUAUUUUCAUCCCUGUCCCUUGUUUUCUUUUCUCAUUCUGUUCUGCAACACAUUGUACUGAAUCCAGUUGCUCACUUUGCAUUGUGGGAUUGACAUUAGCAGAAGAUAUUUUAACUGAUUAUUCUCUUUCUUCUUUCCGUUCUUUUUUUAUUCUUUCCUUUCUCUUUCUUAUUUUCUUUAUUCUUUCCUUUCCUUUUUUAUUCUUUCCUUUCUUAUUCUUUCCUUUCUUUUUUACCUUGUUCUUUCCUUUCUUUUUUAACCUUGUUCUUUCCUUUCUUUUUUAA